AUGCCGGGGGCCUCUUCGGACCUGCUGCCCCACUUCCUGCUGGAGCCCCAAGAUGUCUACAUCGUCAAGAACAAGCCCGUGAGCCUGGCCUGCAGGGCGACACCCGCCACCCAGAUCUAUUUCAAGUGCAACGGGGAGUGGGUGCACCAGGGCGAGCACGUCACGCAGCGCAGCACGGACCAGGGCACCGGGCUGCCCCUCAUGGACGUCCGGAUCGAUAUCUCCCGGCAGCAGGUGGAGCGGAUCUUCGGGCUGGAGGAGUACUGGUGCCAGUGCGUCGCCUGGAGCUCCUCAGGGACCACCAAGAGCCAGAAGGCCUACGUGCGCAUUGCCUACCUGCGGAAGAACUUUGAGGAGGAGCCGAUGGGCAGGGAGGUCUCCCUCGAGCAGGAGAUCAUGCUGGCGUGCCGCCCCCCGGAGGGUAUCCCGCCGGCCGAGGUGGAGUGGCUGCGCAACGAGGAGCUGGUGGACCCGGCGCUGGACGCCAGCGUGUACGUGACGCCGGAGCACAGCCUGGUGGUGCCGCGGGCGCGCCUGGCCGACACGGCCAACUACACCUGCGUGGCCAAGAACAUGGUGGCCCGUCGCCGCAGCUCCUCCGCCGCCGUGACCGUGUACGUGAACGGCGGCUGGUCGACUUGGACAGACUGGUCGGCCUGCAGCACCAGCUGUGGACGGGGCUGGCAGAAGCGGAGCCGGAGCUGCACCAACCCAGCGCCCCUCAACGGGGGAACGUUCUGUGAGGGCCAGAACGUGCAGAAAAACGCCUGCACCACCCUGUGCCCAGUGGAUGGCGGCUGGUCGGGCUGGAGCCGGUGGUCGCUGUGCGCUCUGGACUGCACGCACUGGCGGAGCCGCGAGUGUUCGGAGCCGGCGCCUCGCAACGGGGGCCAGGACUGCCAAGGAGCCGAGCUGGAGACCCGCAACUGCACCACCGAACUCUGCAGCCACUCCGCCUCUGGCCCCGAGGACGUGGCACUGUACGUGGGGCUCAUGGCUGUGGCCGUCUGCCUGGUGCUGCUGCUGCUCGUGGUGGUCCUGGUGUGCUGCCGCAAGAAGGGGGGCCUGGACCCCGACGUGGCCGACUCGUCCAUCCUCACCGCCGGCUUCCAGCCCGUCAGCAGCAAGCCAGCCAAGGCAGGGACGUCCCACCUGCUCACCAUCCAGCCCGACCUCAGCACCGCCACCAUGACCUACCAGGGCUCCCUGUGCUCGCGCCAGGACGGGCACAGCAAGUUCCAGCUCAGCAACGGGCACCUGCUGAGCCCCCUGGGUGCCGGGCGCCACACCCUGCACCACAGCUCGCCCGCCGCCGAGGGCGUGGAUUUCGUCUCGCGCUUCGCCGCCCAGAGCUGCUUCCGCUCCCUGCCCCGGGGCGCUGCCAACAUGGCCUACGGCACCUUCAAUUUCCUGGGGGGGCGGCUCCUGAUCCCCAACACAGGGAUCAGCCUGCUCAUCCCGCCCGACGCCAUCCCGCGGGGGAAGAUCUACGAGGUCUACCUCACGCUGCACAAGCAGGAGGACGUGAGGUUGCCCCUAGCCGGCUGCCAGACCCUGCUGAGCCCCAUCGUCAGCUGCGGGCCCCCGGGGGUGCUGCUCACGCGCCCCGCCAUCCUGGCCCUGGGGCACUGCGUGGAGGCCAACGCCGCCGACUGGAGCAUCCGCCUGAAGAAGCAGUCGUGUGAGGGCACCUGGGAGGACGUGCUGCAGGUCGGGGAGGAGCCGGCCUCGGGGCUCUAUUACUGCCAGCUGGAGGCCCAGGCCGCCUACGUCUACAUGGAGCAGCUGGGGCGCUUCGCCCUGGUGGGGGAGUCGCUCAGCAUGGCGGCCGCCAAGCGCCUCAAGCUCCUGCUCUUCGCACCGGCCUCCUGCAGCUCCCUGGAGUACAGCGUCCGCGUGUACUGCCUCCGCGACACCCCGGACGUGCUCCAGGAGGUGAUGCAGCUGGAGAAGCAGCUGGGGGGGCAGCUGAUCGGAGCCCCCCGCGUCCUGCACUUCAAGGACAGUUACCACAACCUGCGCCUCUCCAUCCACGACAUGCCCAGCUCGCUGUGGAAGAGCAAACUCCUCGCCAGCUACCAGGAGAUCCCCUUCUACCACCUGUGGAGCGGGCUGCAGCCGUACCUGCACUGCACUUUCACGCUGGAGCGCCUCAGCCCCAGCACCUGCCAGCUGGCCUGCAAGAUCUGGGUCUGGCAGGUGGAAGGCGACGGGCAGAGCUUCAACAUCAACUUCAACAUGGCCAAGGACACGAGCUUCUCGGACUGGCUGGUGCCCGAGAGCGAGGCCGACUGCCCAGCCCUGGUGGGCCCCAGUGCCUUCAAGAUCCCCUUCCUCAUCCGCCAGAAGAUCAUCAGCAGCCUGGACACGCCCUGCGCCCGCGGGGCUGACUGGAGAACGCUGGCCCAGAAACUCCACCUGGACAGCCAUCUCAGCUUCUUCGCCUCGAAGGCCAGCCCGACCGCCAUGAUCCUGAACCUGUGGGAGGCGCGGCACUUCCCCAGCGGGAACCUGGCGCAGCUGGCCGCCGCCGUGGCCGAGGUGGGCAGACAGGACAGUGCCCUCUUCGCCGUCUCGGAGGCCGAGUGCUGA